CAAAACGUAGUAAUUAAGAGCGGCUCGAGGACAUGUCCCUUUGAUGUCCCUUUGAAGUGCCUAUACACAAAAUGACCUUUGGAGUAAACUAUAAAAAUGCUAUAAUUAAAGGGAAUUUUGUGAGUGACAAACUGAUUAAUCAUAAUGGUCGACCAGCAGAAAUAAUGAUAAAUAAUAUUUAUAAUGAUAAAUCAAUAAUGACAAAAUGAAAUGAUCACUUUUGCACAUUAGACAGAAUAGAUCUAUGAAUAAAAUUUGUAGGUGCCAAAAAAAACAUCAUGUCAGUGAUAUGUACAAUGUACAUGAUUGUGGAUAGAGCACAAAAGCUUUAUCAUUAAAGAGUAUGUAACCUAUAGCAUAAUUUGUUGCUGUGGAAUAGAAAUUAUUUUUAGCACAAAGUAUUUUUAAUGCAUAAUAAUAGCAAUGAAUUUCAUUUUGAGCCCCGCCUACAAAUAAAAAGGUGUGGCUCAAGUCAUUAUCGCCCCUAAAAAUACAAGAGGACUCACACUUAAUAAGAAGCAAUACAAAUUAUACAAUGGGCCAAUCACUUGGUAGUCUUCGUUCACAUACCAUCUUACGCAAGAAAGGCUCACUUAGAAUGGAGGAGCAGUUACCACCGGAGAUGCUAGAGUUCAGCAAAGAUCAUAGUCAAAUGAUAUCGUAUGGCAUAGACAAGCAAACUGAUCCAAAGUUCCGUGACAAGACACUGUCUAAUAUUGUUAGGCAUGAUGCCGAGGCUUUAUCAGAAAUGUUCUCAAAAGCAGUUGGCAUCUCAGGAAAUAGAAACAAGGUCUUUGUUGCUUCAGAAUCCCCAGCCUCUUGCACAUUCGAUGGCAUGAAGAAGUCGUUUAUGGAGUCUGCCAGUAAAGUAGACACUAACGGGAUAUUUGUUUUUGCUUUCUCUGGUCACGGGUUGAAGGGUGUAGGCAGUGACCAGUGGGGGUUAGCUCCAUCAGACUUCAACUGCUCUCCUCAUACACUAGUCACAGCGGGUUUGAUAGUCGAAUGGCUUCAUUUCGUGAGAUUCCAAGGUCGCUAUAUCCUCUUGAUAUUAGAUUGCUGUUAUGCUGGUGGCAUAGCUGAACAGAUAGUGAUAAACACUGUUCAAACUGAUAUCCCAAUACCAGGUCUCUUUGUGCUUACCUCAUGCACUGCCCACGAGUCCUCAUUGGUAAUAACGACACUGGGACACUCCAUAUUCAACUUUGCGUUGGGAACCUCGCUUUAUAAUAACACAGCUGUACAGCAUGGCAGGCUGGCCAUCAAGGAGGUGUAUGAGGGCUGCGAGAAAUGCUGCAUAGCGAUGUCAUCUUUAUUGAUAGGAUACGACAAGAAGAGGAAAGAGUUGAAAUGGAAGACGAUGCAGCCAGAGUUUAAGGAAUAUCGCUUGAAUAAAUUUGUUCAGAGCCUACUAGAGGAGUCCGACGAGCAAACUGAUUUGGGGGUUGGUCGGUUCGAAUUUGCCCUCAAAUAUUACCAUUUUAAAAGCAAGGGAGGAAAGUCCAUAGUAAUACCAGACAAAUGUCAGGCCUGGUUGGAGAUAGUGUCACAGUCUAAUGGCCCAUUAGAAGAGUUAAAAGAGCUUGAAUUAUUGAAUGGGAGGUUACUCAGAUCUGCAGUUGCAUCUAUGGUCUAUAGCAUGGCAUCUUUUUUUGUGGCUUGCCAAUUGCCCGAAAUAUCUACCAGCAAUGCCUUCAUUGUAGCAUUCCUUCAUGUCACUGCUGCUGUUGAUAGGGUACACAGAGAAGUGGAGCCGACACUGGAAGACAUGCUGGAAGGACUACAAUAUUACAGUCAUGUGUUGGAAAAGCAAGGCAUCAAGUCAAAAGAGAUCGGCAAGCUGUACAAUAUCAUACGAAAUGACCUUUCGGCCUUGAAAGCAGGAGGGAUAGAGGAGGUGGAUGGAGCAGUAGAGGCUCCAGACAUCAGUGACAUAGAAAUUCCUGAGCUGACAGAGUGGCUGCCCCUGACUUGGGACUGGGAGGAGUCUUAACUACAUAGCAUAACCUCAUAAUACUGUUAUUCAUAUAAAUUUUAGUGCUAUAACUAUUAUAUCAUUUAAAAUUUUUAUUACACAUGUGUCUGUGUCUAUAAAUUUCAUCAAGUUA